AUGGGAGGCAGACGCCGCGCUGCCGCUUUGACGCGCGCAGACGCCACUAGGAGGCGGAGCAAGCGCGCGGUGUGUCGCUGUGUGGACCACACGCUACAGUCCACUCUCAGUUCCGUACCGCUCAUGCCUCACACGCGCACGUACACGCACCAGCCCGGGUCGGACUCUGGGACCUGCCCCUGUCACAUUUACACACCGCCGCUGGAACCCAGAGCCUGGAGCCCGGAGCUUGGGGCACGUCUCUGGGGGAGCGCAUGGACGUGCAGCAGGAAAAGUAGUUUGGACUGA